AUGCUCUCGGGAGAGCUGGCCAGGAGUGCUCAGAAGCUGCAGCGUGAGCAGAAGCAACGCUCUGAGGCUCUGCAACGCAAGGCAGAACGGGAAAAGGCUGUCCAAGAAAGGUUGCGCAAGCAGAGGGAGGCACAUGAGGAGGAGCUCAGGCAACGCAGGCUUGUAGAACUAGCAGCUGCUGAGGCGGUGCUGCUGCCGGCUUCAGUAGGGGAUGACUUGAUGCGGCAGGACGCUCCCAAGAACGGCGCGCAGCUGUUUGAGAUUGCAUCCUCCUCUGGAAACACCACACAUGCAGGCGCGUCGCUCUGCCGACUCAUGCUUGAAUUGCAGCCCAAGAGGCCAUUAUGCGUCCUGGCGUUCACGGCUGCGGAGGGAACUAUUGGGAUGCCACCUCAAGUGGCAAGGAACGCCUUUGGAGACGGCGCUUCAGUCUCCCCGGAGGGCGCCACCGUGGACGUCCUCUACCGACGGCUGCCCAAAGGGGAGUAUGUGCGGUUCCAGCCGUGGAGUGCAGAUUUUCAGAGGGAGGUGGGUGGAGAUGUGAGGGCGGUGCUGGAGGCGGCCCUGGAGCGGCACAGCACGUUGAGCGAGGGUGACUGGAUCAGCGUUCCCUUUGCCGGCACCGCGUUUGACCUCACCGUGCAGAAGCUGCGCCCCGGCCGCGCCGUUUCUGUCAUUGACACUGAGAUGGAGGCGGAGGUGGAGCCGAGCCUGGAGACAGAGCAGCGGCUGGCGCAGGAAGAGGCGGCCAGGGCCGAGGCCGACCGCCGGCGCGAGCAGGAGCUUGCUGCAAUGGCGCAGGAAGCUCUGAGGCAGGCAGCCGAGGCGGAAGAGCGCGAGAAGGCGGAGCAGGCAGCUUUGUCACAGGCAGCUGUGGACCUAGAGCGCUUACGGCAGGAAAAGGCGGCGGCUCUGCCGCCGGAGCCGCCAGCGGACGAGGCGGUGACAUCGUGCCUGAUCCGCCUGCCCAACGGCGCACGCUUCUCGAGGCGUUUCCGCGCCAGCGACCCUCUCCUGCACCUCUUUGACUUCGUCGAUGCGCAGGAAGGUGCAGGGGAGGGGCCGGGAAGCUACCGGCUGGUGGCGCAAUUUCCGCGGCGAGUCAUCGGCCCGCACCUGCCGGCACCUGACGCCACCCUGGCCGACGUCGGCCUCGCCUCCCGCCAAGAAGUGCUCCUCCUAGAGCCGCUGCGAUCUUGA